GCCGGCCGAGAUGCUGGCGGAAAACCUAGUGGAGGAGUUUGAGAUGAAGGAGGACGAGCCGUGGUACGACCACCAGGACCUCCAGCAAGAUCUCCAACUUGCUGCUGAACUUGGGAAGACAUUACUGGAUCGGAACACAGAGUUGGAGGAUUCUCUUCAGCAGAUGUACACAACCAAUCAGGAGCAGUUACAGGAAAUUGAGUAUCUGACCAAGCAGGUGGAGCUUCUACGGCAGAUGAAUGAACAGCAUGCAAAGGUUUAUGAGCAAUUAGAUGUCACAGCAAGGGAACUGGAAGAAACAAAUCAAAAGCUAGUUGCUGACAGCAAGGCCUCACAGCAGAAGAUUCUGAGUCUGACCGAAACAAUCGAAUGCCUACAAACCAACAUUGAUCACCUCCAGAGCCAAGUGGAGGAGUUGAAGUCAUCUGGCCAAGGAAGGAGGAGCCAGGGGAAAUGUGACCAGGAGAAAUCGGCACCCAGCUUCUCGUGUCUAAAAGAGCUGUACGACCUCCGCCAACACUUUGUGUAUGAUCAUGUGUUUGCCGAGAAGAUCACUUCCUUGCAAAGUCAGCAAAGCCCCGAUGAAGAAGAAAAUGAGCACUUGAAGAAAACAGUGACGAUGUUGCAGGCCCAGCUGAGCCUGGAGCGGCAGAAGCGGGUGACUCUGGAGGAGGAAUAUGGGCUUGUGCUCAAGGAGAACAGUGAGCUGGAACAGCAGCUGGGAGCCACGGACACCUAUCGAGCGCGGGCGCUGGAAUUGGAGGCUGAGGUGGCGGAGAUGCGGCAGAUGCUGCAGUCGGAGCACCCUUUUGUGAACGGCGUCGAGAAGCUGGUGGCAGACUCUCUGUUCCUCCCUUUCAAAGACCACAGCCAGAGCCUGCUAGAGGAGAUGUCUGUGCUGCAGCCGGAGGCACACCGGAAGCCUCUCAAGCGCAGCAGCAGUGAGACGGUGCUCAGCAGCUUGGCAGGGGGGGACAUCGUGAGGGGCCACGAGGAGACCUGCAUCCGGAGGGCCAAGGCCGUGAAGCAGAGGGGCAUCUCCCUUCUGCACGAAGUGGACACUCAGUACAGUGCCCUGAAGGUGAAGUAUGAGGAGCUGCUGAGGAAGUGCCAGCAGGAGGAGGACUCCCUGUCCCACAAGGCGGUGCAGACCUCCAGGGCUCUGGCCAAAGACCUGGCCGGGACGAACGCCCAGCCUGAGCCCAGCACCGGCAGCUGGGAGCCGGCCUCUGUUACGCCGGAGCCCGUCAGUUCCUCCACCACCACAGCACCUCCGGAAUACAAAGCGCUCUUUAAGGAGAUCUUUAGUUGCAUCAGGAAAACUAAGCUGGAAAUAGAUGAACAGAGAACAAAAUACCGAUCUCUUUCCUCUCAUUCCUAAUUCAGCCUCCAGCUCUCCUACUAACUUGUCUCUGCUUUCACCUCUCUCUCCCACUCGGACAAGUGUUUGUAAACCCCACAGCCUGAUAGUGCUCAUGACGUUUGCCUCGUUGUUUGGCUUACUUAGCAGCUGCGAACAGCAGUGGGGAAAGAAGGUGGCUGCCAGCUGGUGUCAGUUCUAUAAUCCAGUUCCAUUUAAGCUCCUCAGGAAAUCCCACGACAGACUGGCCUCUGGCUGGCACGCUGAUUAGGUUGUGAUUCCUUGAAAAGCCCUAGAACCAGUGGAUGGGUAGAUCCAUGC